CUUUUCAUGUGACAACACUGAAGGAAUUACACUUUGCUACAAUGUAAAGUAGUGAGUGUACAGCUUGUGUAACAGUGUAAAUUUGCUGUCCCCUCAAAAUAACUCAACACACAGCCAUUAAUGUCUAAACCACUGGCAACAAAAGUGAGUACACCCCUAAGUGAAAAUGUCCAAAUUGGGCCCAAUUAGCCAUUUUCCCUCCCAGUGUCAUGUGACUUGUUAGUGUUACAAGGUCUCAGGUGUUAAUGAGGAGCAGGUGUGUUAAAUUUGGUGUCAUCGCUCUCACUCUCCCUCAUACUGGUCACUGGAAGUUCAACAUGGCACUUCAUGGCAAAGAACUCUCUGAGGAUCUGAAAAAAAGAAUUGUUGCUCUACAUAAAGAUGGCCUAGGCUAUAAGAAGAUUGCCAAGACCCUGACACUGAGCUGCAGCACGGUGGCCAAGACCAAACAGGACAGGUUCCACUGAGAACAGGUCUCGCCAUGGUCGACCAAAGAAGUUGAGUGCACGUGCUCAGCAUCAUAUCCAGAGAUUGUCUUUGGGACGUAUGAGUGCUCCAGCAUUGCUGCAGAGGUUGAAGGGAUGGGGGGUCAGCCUGUCAGUGCUCAGGCCAUAAGCCGCACACUGCAUCCACGGUUCUUCUGGAGACUUUGACUGUCGCACUUGCAUCUUAUUUUUGCAUCAAAAUCCAGCAGCUUUCAUUGUGUUUAUUUAUUUAUUUUUUUGUCUGAAAAGUGGUCUCUUACAUAAUACGCUGCUUUCUUUACUGACAAACAUUUUUCUUUAACGUUUAAUUUUGUCCUGGAAAACUAAUGCUUUGAAAUCUAAAAUGUUUUUGUACUGACUCGAUAAUGUAGAAGUGUAUAACAUAGUUUGUACUUGAACAAAAUCAGGUGCUUAAGACUUUUGCACAGUGCGUAUAACAUAUAACGACAAUAAACUUGAUUUAAACUGAACCUCUUAAGCAACUCGCAUCAAUUUCCCCAACCCCUUGCACACAGUGGAGCAUUUUGGAUAUAAAGUUUAUAUAUACGUUUAUGCUCGUGCUUCCAUGCUACACAAGCUCCACUUUGUAAAGUUUGCAAGUUACAAUGUUCUUGGUGGCAUUUAAUAUAAAAUGCUUUCCUGCCUUAGAGGACUUUGAGGUCACACACUUUUUUCCGCGGUCACUUGAUGAUUACUCCUCCGUCUAAUGGUGACUGAGGUCAUGAUGGGCAUAAAAGGUAAUGCUGACAUAAACAGUAAACUGAAGAAACCUCAUUGUCGUUGACUCUGGGUAUUCUGCUAAAGCUAGUGGUGUAGCAUUACAUGUGUUUGACGUCAUGCGUCAUCGACUAGGAAGCAGCUUAUACUUCCGGUUAGUAAAAAAGAAAGCUAGUGUUUCAUUUGAGAUGAUAUUACCCUUCUAAAAUUCAUACACUAGACUGUAGAGUGCAUAGUGUAAGUGUAUAGUUCGUCAUUUGGGACGCAACUUUGAUCUGUUCUCUCCAAUGCGUGUUUUCCGAUCAGAAGUAACGCAGUGAGUAAAUGUUCCCCGUGCCACACGAAGACGAAAUAAUGUAAAAUGAGAUUAUUAUCAGUUUUAUCAAUUAGUUGUUGCCGCUCUAAAUACAGCAUAAGAAUCAGGCUAAAAUAUUUCAAUAGUAUAAAUGAAUUCAAGGUUAUGGUUUGUUUAUUUAUUGUUUUAGUAUUUUAACUCUUUAUUGCACUUUAAAGGUAAUAGUGCACUAAAAUUCUUAAGAAACUGUAAAAUCACUUAUAGUGUUAAUAUGGACACUGUGUGAUGCACAUUUUUUAUAGGAGAUGUGUGGAGGAUUAAUAUUCCUGAUUUCCAUGAGCUGGCAUUUUACUGAUGAUUGGACAUGUUCCGGUCUAAUUAUUAUCUUUAGUUGCUACCUGUGUAAUAAAUAUUAUAUUGGAGUAAGACUGGGUGAUAUGAGAGUAUGAUAUUAAUUUCGGGAUUACUAAUUUUUCAAUAUAUCAUCACAGGAUACAUAUUGGGGAUAUUGUGAUAACUUUUUAUCAUUUUUGUUAUUUUUUAAAUUAAUCACGCUGAUUAUUAUAUUUUAACAUUCUUGGGUCAAAGACUAAAGUUGUUAUUGAUCCACAAUUAAAUACAGUAUAGUCUUUGACUGGGGGGGAUGGCCAUGUGACUGUUUAUUUUUAGCUCAGUUAUCUCAUGGUAUUAUUUUCACUAUUCAGAUGAUUAGCCAUUGACGAGCUUUAGUGUUGCCCGAUGUUUUUGAACAACUGAAACUCCCAGGAAGUCACCUAACAAAAAAUUUAAACACAACACUAGUAUGGUAUUAAAUCAGCCAGCGCCAUUGGUAGGGCCUGUUUGUUUAAACUCCUGUACAAUCUGUCCUAGGCUUUGUACCAGUAUGUAUCACAGAAAACAAAACAAAGCAAAAGAGCUUUGUCAUCGGGGGUCACCUCAGCCUCAGAGUAUUUUGUUGAGCCAGCCACGCUGCCCUGUUAUUUUUAAAGCCCGCACGAUAGGCCAUGAUUCUCUCUUGCCGGUUCAUGUGAUCUGAGCAGCUCAAUUUGCUGAGCAGCGUUUUCACAGGUGGCUUACUGCAAUCAGAAUCCACCAGCAUACACGGUGUGAACUAGUCUUCUCCCUUUACAUUCUGUCCUGUCCCCUCUCUCUCUCUCUCUCCCAGGCUUUGUCCAUUUGGGAAACAUACUCUUACUGCCCUUGUGCGCACUUAGCAGGAAGUGGAAUGAUCUCAGCAGGCGACUGAGUGGGAAUUAUUGGCUCGUGAACAGUGGUGUUUUUUUUUUUUUUUUUUUUUUUCUCCAGGCCACGUUGCCUUUAUGGUAUUUGUUUUGGACUAGCAGGGCAAAGGGAGCAGUUUCAAAGGUCACCACGAACUCCAGUGUGUCGGCACUGAGCCGAGAGAGCUCAGCGGAUUGGGAGAAGGAACGUGAGCUCUGCAACGUGUCAACCGAGUGCUCCUGGGACAUGGAAAGAAACUUACCAGAGAACAUUGGUCAGGGUGGCUGCUUAGAAGGCUGUUUGAAUUACAAAUAGAAGAGAGGAAAAUGGCAGCAUUUUGCCAGGAUAAGGGGAACCCUUAAGCUUGUCAGAUUUUCUGGUCGUCGUGUUUGAAGAAAGCCGGGUAUGGGAAACGUUUGUGGAUGUGUGAGGGGCCAUAAAGAUGAAUGUUAUGUUGAUCCCUCUAAAGCACCGCUCAACCCCACAUUCAAGGAGCUCCGAGGACGGCGGUAUUUCCAGAGAAGAAAGAGCAGAAAGUCGGUUGAAUUUCAACCCGAAGUCGCCGUGAGCAGCCAAAAUGAAACUGAGAAGAAGGAAAAGUGUUGUGAUCCGACAGACCAGGGUGUUUAUGUCGGAGAAGUUCCAGUGGUCAAAACUGGCAGAAGACCAUGUAUACGACAGUCUGAGAGAGACAGAAGCUGGCCCGCUGUGGAAGAAAACCUCCACAAGUUUACCAAGAGCUCUAAAUGUAUUUCUCCUAAGGAUGGGCUCCUAGAAAAGAAGCUACUUCAGAGGCAACUAAGGAGGGCAGCGAGUUUUGGAGCUGUGGAGCAUUUGCUCCGUACAUUGCGGGGACAUGGCUCCCGUAGGAGCAGUGUGGAUCAUGAGUGGAAAGACAUAAGAGGACUGUCAAGGAUUAUAUGUGACAUCCAAGUGCACAGGAAGAGGAGGAGGGCCUUCACAUCUUCCGGAGGAUCUGUUUCCCACAAUUCUCUGGACACUAUCCAGAAAAAGUCUGCAUCUCGUAAUGAACGUGAGAUUUCGGAAAUCCACGUUACUGGGGAGUCCGAGGACAUGACGGCAAAGGAGAGGCUUCUGCUUUGGUCCCAGCAGAUGACCGAGGGCUACGUAGGGGUCCGCUGUGACAACUUCACUACUUCUUGGAAAGACGGAAGGUUGUUCAAUGCGAUCAUUCACAAGUACAGGCCUGACCUGGUGGAUAUGAGCAAAGUAUCAAUACAGUGUAGCAGAUCAAACCUGGAGCAUGCGUUCUCUGUGGCUGAGCAGCUGGGUGUGGCUCGGCUGCUGGAUCCGGAGGAUGUGGAUGUCACAUCUCCGGAUGAGAAGUCAGUCAUUACCUACGUAUCAACGUUAUAUGAUGUCUUUCCUAAAGUACCGGAGGGUGUUGAGGGCAUCGGUGCAAACGAUGUCGAUGUCAAAUGGGUGGAAUACCAGAAUAUGAUCAAUUACCUCAGCCAAUGGAUCAAACAUCAUGUGUCCGUCAUGUCCGACAGAAACUUUCCCAGUAACCCUGUGGAACUUAAGGCACUUUAUUUGCAAUACCUGCACUUCAAGGAGAGUGAAAUCCCACCAAAGGAGAACGAAAAGACCAAAAUCAAGCAUCUUUAUAAAAUGUUAGAGGUGUGGAUUGAGUUUGGUCGCAUUCAUUUGCCGGAGGGUUACCACCCUAACGAUGUGGAGAAGGAAUGGGGCAAGCUGAUCGUGGCCAUGCUUGAGAGAGAAAAGAGCCUAAGGCCUGAGGUCGACAGACUUGAAAUGCUGCAGCAAAUCUCAGACAGAGUUAAGAGAGACUGUGUGGCUGGAGAAGACAAACUAGCCUUAGCACGGGCAUCUCUGCAAUCGGACAUAAAAAGGUUAGAGUCUGGGAUCCAGUUGCAGAAUGAGCCUGAAAUUGCAGGACACCUGCUGGAAUGUGAAACAUUGUUGAGGCAGCAAGUGGUCGACAUCCAGAUUUUGCUGGAUGGGAAGUUCUACUUGGCAGAUCAGCUUGUUCAAAGGGUAUCCAAGCUUCGUGAUGACCUGCUGACCCUCAGAACAGAAUGCUCCUCAGUGUACAGCAAGGAACGCAGUCUGAGCACGGAACAGACCAAGAUGAUGAUCUCCGGCAUCACACAGAGUUUGAACUCGGGCUUCUCUCAGAACCUGAAUAUGGGUCUAAGUCCUGCGCUCACACCAGGCUCUGCCCUCUCCUCCAGCUUUACCCCUGCCAUGACGCCGGCACUGACCCCAGCCAUGACCCCAGGAUCGACCCCGUCUCUGAUACCUGGCUUGCAGUCUACCCUGAGAGUCGGAGGUUCCAUGGAGCCAGGGAUUCUCCAGCACAUGAAACACACGCAAAUCCGCAAGCCAAUGCACAAAGCUUCUUUAGUUGACCCCAGCUUGUCUGAGGAAGACGUCAACAUGAAGUUUGUCCAGGACUUGCUUAACUGGGUGGAAGAGAUGCAGGUACAACUCGAUCAAGGCGAAUGGGGAUCUGAUCUUCCGACUGUUGAGUCUCAUUUAGAAAAUCACAGAAAUGUUCACAAAGCCAUCGAAGACUUCCACAUGAGCGUUAAGGAAGCAAAAAUGAGCGAGAUUCAGAUGACGCACCCGUUGAAACGGAGUUACUCGGACAAGCUGGACCUUUUAGAAAGCCAGUACGGGAGGCUACUUAGCUCUAGUAAAGAGAGGCAGAAGCACCUGGACAGCCUGCGUAGCUUUGUGUCGCAUGCCACCCGAGAGUUAAUUUGGCUUAACGAGAAAGAGGAAGAGGAAGUAGCCUUUGAUUGGAGUGAGCGCAAUAGCAUUAUCUCCAGGAAGAAGGACUACCAUGCUGAACUGAUGAGAGAGCUGGAUGAGAAGGAGGGGGUGAUCAAGUCUGUGCAGGACCAAGCUGACAUCCUUUUACAACAGAACCAUCCAGCUAGGCUUACUAUUGAGGCAUAUAAGGCUGCCAUGCAAACACAAUGGAGCUGGAUCCUUCAGCUCUGCUACUGUGUGGAACAGCACCUGAAAGAAAAUAUGACUUACUUUGAGUUUUUCAAUGCUGCCAGAGAGUCUAUGGACUACCUUAAAAGCCUUCAGGAUUCAAUUACAAGGAAGUAUGGGUGUGACCGUACUAGCAGUCUGCAUAGACUGGAGGAUCUCAUUCAGGAGUCUAUGGAUGAAAAAGAGCAGCUUCUUCAGUACCGCAGCACUGUGGCUGGCUUGGUAGGACAGGCCAAGUCUGUUGUUCAACUUAAGCCCCGCAACCCAGAGAACCCUGUCCGAACUUCCCUACCCGUCAAGGCCAUCUGUGAAUACCGUCAGAUCGAGAUUACUAUCUACAAAGAUGAUGAGUGUGUGCUGGCCAGUAACUCUCACCGAGCUAAAUGGAAGGUGAUCAGCCCUUCAGGGAAUGAGGCCAUGGUGCCUUCUGUCUGCUUUACUGUGCCUCCACCCAAUAAGGAGGCAGCAGAGAUGGCCAGCAGGAUCGAGCAGCUGUACCAGAAAGUUCUCGCACUGUGGCACAGCUCUCACGUGAACAUGAAGAGCGUGGUGUCCUGGCACUACCUGAUGACGGAUAUCCGCAACAUCCGCAAAAGCACUGUCGCCUCUAUUAAGACUAUGUUACCGGGUGAGCACCAGCAGGUCCUGAGCAGCUUGCAGUCCCACUUUGAGGAGUUCCUGGAGGACAGUGAGGAAUCGGAGGUGUUCACAGUGGCAGACUGCACUCAGCUAGAGAGAGAGGUGCUGGCUUCAAAAGAGUACUAUGAGGAAUUGCUCAAGUCUGCAGAGCGAGAGGAACACGAGGAAUCCGUGUACAACCUCUUCAUAUCUGAGGUGCGUAACUUUCGCAUGCGCGUGGAAGCCCACGAGGAGCAACUGAUUCGGCAGAUCCGCUCCCCUCUAGAGCGAGAUGACCCGAAGGCCAUUAUGCAGCGCGUCAUUGAUCAGGAGAGGAAGAAGGCAGAGUUAGACCGGUUGAACGAGGAUCUCGAGGUGCUAAAGGAGAAGUGCGAGACGUUCCUCAGGCAGGCUGCUAACUCUCCUUCGGUGCCCACGCUGUCCUCUGAGCUCAACGUGCUCACUCAGAGCAUGGCUCAGGUCUACUCCAUGUGCUCCAUUUACCUGGAAAAGCUGAAGACUGUGAGUUUGGCGGUGAAACACAGCCAGGGUGCUGAGGCUUUGGUCAAGCUGUACGAGGGCAAACUGUGCGACGAAGAUGCGGUCAAUGGUGACAUCAGGUCUAUCGACACAGUUAUGAGCACUCUCAAGCAAUGGAGAUCGGAGAUAGAUGACCGAAGAGAUGUCUUCCAUGACCUGGAGGAUGAACUGCAGAAAGCUAGAGCCAUCAGUGACCGUAUGUUCAAAACCCAUAACGAGAGGGACUUUGACCUUGACUGGCACAAGGAGAAAGCUGAGCAGCUUGGAGAGAGAUGGCGGAACGUCCACUGUCAAAUUGAAAACAGGCUUCGAGACCUGGAAGGCGUCAGCAAGUCUCUGAAAUACUAUAAGGAUGCGUACAGUAGCCUCGAUGAGUGGAGCAAAGAGAUGGAGGCCAAUCAGCUGAAAACCCAAGAGAACCAGCCAGAGGACAGCAAAGCUCUGGCUGAGUUACUAAACCAACAAAAGGUGCUGGUUGCGGAAAUUGAACGUAAGCAGAGUAAGAUUGAUGAAUGUCAGAAGUACUCGGAGCAGUACUCAGCUGGACUGAAAGAUUAUGAGCUUCAGUUGAUGACCUACAGGGCUAUGGUGGACUCUCAGCACAAGUCCCCAGUGAAGAGGAGGAGGAUGCAGAGCUCAUCAGAUACCAUUCAGCAGGAGUUUAUGGACCUCCGCACUCGCUACACAGCACUGGUCACUCUUAUGACGCAGUACGUGAAGUUUGCAAGUGAAACUCUGAAAAGGGCAGAAGAAGACGAGAGGAAGACAUGUAUGGACAAAGCUGAAUAUAGGAGCUGUAUGGAUGGUAUGGAGCUGCAGAAAGUGGCAAGUGAAGAGGAGAUCUGCAGGCUCAAGCGGCAGAAAUCUGUUGAAGAGGAGAGAAAAGAGCACAGUGAUAAAGUUAGCAAGUUAUUAAACUGGAUGUCUGAUGUGAAAUCGAACGUGAACAAAAACGAAAAGGCUGUAGGUGAUGGCAAAGGCAGCACAGAGAGCUCUAAUAAGCUUCAGAUUCCUACGGAAGAAGUUUUGUCAAAGAAAGAACAAAUAACAGAAGCAUUAAGAAAUACACAGCAGAUACUGACCAAGCACAGUGACAAGAUGUCUGAAGAGGAAAAGUGUGAAGCAAAAGAACAGCUAAAACUCCUCAACCAGGCCUACGAUGAGCUCUCUCAGAUGAGUGCGAACCAGACACCCUCUGCUGAACAGGAGUUUGAAGUCAUCGAAGGCAUUCUCGAUGUGGGAAAAGGAGCAGUGCUGUCUGUAUGUCGCGCAGUGCAGAAUGGUCUCAUUGACCACUGCACUGGGCUCAGUCUCCUUGAGGCUCAGCUCAUAACAUCUGAACUCAUCUUACCCGAAUUCCACAUGUGCCUAGACUUGGAGGAUGCAUUCAAGCACAAGCUCGUGGAUGAGCCCAUGUAUAAGCAACUGCAAGACUUGAACGAAGCCAAUAAAUGCAUCCAAAGUCCACGUUAUGCUUCUGAACCCUUGCCGAUGGUAGCUGCAGCGAAGGAUGGGGCGAUUUCUGAACGUCUAGCUGUAAAGGUCAUUGAGAUCCAGCUAGCCACUGGUGGGUUAAGAGUGACAUACACUGGAGAUAGUUUAAGUCUCGAGAGGGCAUUUGAAAUUGGCUUAAUUCCCCAGUCUCUCUAUAUUCAGAUAUUACAAAGACAGAAUACCUGGAAGGAUUUGAUUGAUCCUAAUACAGCUGAAAAAGUUUCUCUUAUUCAGCUUGUGCAGAGGAGCAUUGUGCACGAGGAGACAGGGCUACGUGUGCUGGCGGUGAAAUCUGGCAUAGCGUUUACAUCUGGGAGAGAGGUCAGCAUUCUGGGAGCGAUGCACGAGGGUCUGAUAGAUCGCGAGACCAUGCUCCGGCUGCUGAGUGCGCAGCUCUUUGCAGGAGGCAUAGUCGAUCCUAGAACAAACUGUAAGCUUACAGUAGAAGAGGCCGUAGCUGAGGGUCUUAUUGAUCAGGACACUGCCAGUGGAAUUUUGAGCCACCAAGCCCAAAAUGGUGGCAUUGUAAACCCUAAAAACGGUGCUAGACUGACAGUCGAUGAAGCUGUUCAGUGUGAUUUAAUGAGUUCCAGAAGUGCUCUGUUAGUUCUGGAGAGGCAGAAAUGUUUCAUGGGCCUCCUAUGGCCUCACUCUGGUGAAAUCCUCACUGUCUUGAGGUCCACACAGCAUGAAAUCAUCACUGACAAACUGGCGCAUGAUCUUCUGUGUAACCGGCAUAAAAUAACGGCAUUUUACAUACCAGAGAACUCUGAGGUAGUUGAUAUCGACUCUGCUGCACAGAGUGGUUUGAUCAACGCUUGCACAGUAGACUUUUUAAAAACGAUAGAGAUACCAGAUACGUUCCCUGAUGUAGAAGAUCUCAAUGACAGAUUUUCAUCAUGGCUAGUAAUGCGUGAGCUUCAAAUUGAGGGAUCAGAAAGAUCCAGAGAAGGAUUGGAAGCUAAUGAAAAGAGUACGAACGCCCCAUCUUCCUUGGAAGCCAAACAACUUUUUGUUUCAUUUUUAAUGAUGAACAGCUACAUGGACCCCAAAUCAGGACAGAGGCUGUUAAUUUUUGAUAGGCAGUUAAAUAAAAUGGCUAAAGUACUGCUAGAAAUGUCAGAAACUGACACACAUGCUAAAAUCCAUGAGUCCUCGCUAGACGAGGAUUUUCCAGAUGAUGCACACAUCACACACACUGGUGAAUUGACACUUUUGCAUAUUGAAGAGCCAAGAAUAGCAGAAGAGACUAUUUCAGAGGUCUCUACUGAGGGUGAUCAUUGUAUAAAAACGUCAACUAUUGAAUCUGACAGUCUUACGUCAGGGUCAGGUGAAUUAUUUAAUACAUCACUGGAAAGUGCUCCAUAUAAAGCUUCAGCAUCUGCGAUUAAAAUAAAAGAAAGUGCAGUUGAGGAUACGUUUACAGAUGCAUGCACGAAGCACCACACGAAUGAGAUGCAUAAUUCUUCAGUUCAACUUUCUUUAGGAACGCAUAUUUCCCAACAAUUAAAUCCCGAAAUUGGGAGUCAAACACAUUUGCUUUCAGAAGAAGAAAAGAAUGCGCCUUUGAGUCACAGAGAAAAUUCAGUUCAAGCAAAAGAUAAAGACCCCGCACAGUGCUCUUGUGAAGGUGUGUAUGAUAACAAGCUCGAAAGAGACCACGUGUUAUGCCUUCUGAGAGACCAAAUAAAAGAGGGGGGCAUUUUAGAUGCCACCUCUGGAAAGCGAUACAACCUUAAUGAUGCUUUUGAUAAGGGCUUCAUUGAUGAAGAGACCAUGUUAGAGGUGCUUGCACUCCAGCUUGGAAGGCACAGUGUCAUCAGAAAUAAAACCACGAUCAUGUCAGUACUGAAACAAGCUGUGUCACAAAGCUACAUAUCGUCUCGCGUAGCUUUACAGAUCCUGCAGCAGCAAGAUUUACUUAGUGGUCUCUACGACUCAUCUGGAAAGAGCAUCAGUGCUAGGGAGGAUUGGGAGAUGGGUUUGAUUACUGAUGAUAUUGGCAGCUUUGUCCUUGAUUCAGAAGUAGCCCAGAAGGCCACCACUGAUCCUGAUGGAACGUGUGUUUGCAGUUUGUCUAAUGCAAAGACGGUUCGUGAUAUUGAAGCAGAUAGUGAUGAGAUCCCUGCUGUGGACUUCAGUGAAAAAUAUCCAAGUACUGAAAAUGCAGUGAAUAGGUCAGAAGUAGUCACUCGUCUAUCAACAACCUCAAAAGAAAUGGCCGGUAGUUUCGACUCGUCAUUUAUGUUAAAUACGGUUAGUAAUGAGGAGACCAUUGCUGAGGAGAUUGGCGGAAUCUGUCCAAGUACUGAAAAUCUAUUAGCAACUUCAGCAGAAAUGACCGGUGAAUUAGACUCACCGUUAAAGACACCAAGUGAUGAUGAGAUCACUGAUCAGGAGAAAGACAGAAAAUGUACUGAAAAUGCAGGAAACAUAACAGAAGAAUUAAGAAAUUCAAAUCAAAUGACUAGUAGUUUGGACUCAUCGUUCAUCUUAAAUACAGUUAUUUAUGAGGACAUCACUGCUGAAGAGGUUGCUGAAAAUUCUCCAAGUACUGAAAAUGCAUUGAAAAGGCCAGAUGAAGUCACCAAUCUAUUAGCAACUUCAGCUGAACUCACCAAUACUGUGGACUCAUCAUCCACCUUAAAGAUAUAUAGCGAUGUGGAGAUAGUUGCUGAGGAGUUUGGUGAAAAAUGUCCAAGUACUGAGUACGGAUUAAUGAGAACAGCUGAAAGCAAUGCUGUAUUAACAAAUUUAACACAAUUCACUAGUCAGCAUCUGUCAGUAUUUAACUUGAAGACAGUUACUAGUGAAGAAGAGUUUGAUGAAAAGUGUCUGAACGCUGAAAAUGAGGUGAAGCAAACAGAGAAAGAUUCUAAUCUCUUAGCAACACAAUCAACACAAAUGACGAAUUGCUUGAACACAUCAUUUAGCUUAAAGACAGAAAGUGAAAAGGGCUUCACUGAUUUUAGUGAUAAAGGUCUAAAUACUGAAAUUGAGAUGAAAACGCUGGAAGAAGACAACCAUCUGUCAGCAUCCUCAGCAGAAAUUAACACUAGGUUGGAAACACCAUUUACCUUUAAGGAAGUUAUCGAUGAGGAGAUCUUUCAUGAGGAACUUGGAGAAAAAUGUCCACGUACUGAAAAUGCAAUAACAAGACCAGAAGACGCUCAUCUGUCAACAAAUUCAAAACAAAUUACCAGUGGUUUAGACUCACUCUCCCUGUUAAAGCCAGAUAGUGAUGCAGAGAUCACUGCUCUGGAGAAGGAGAGUUAUGAGAUCCCUGCUGUGGACUUCAUUGAAAAAUGUCCAAGUAUAGACAGUAUAGUAAAUGGAACAGAAGUCGUCACUCAUCUGUCAGCAAAUUCAAAACAAAUAAUCAGUAGUUCGGACUCUCUGUUUACCUUAAAUACAGUUAGUGAUGAGAUCACUACUGAAAAUUUUAGUGAAAAAUCUUCAAGUACUGAAAAUAGAAUAAGACCAGAUGAGAUUUCUAAUCUAUCAAUAACGUCAACACUAUUGACCAGUACUUUGGACUCGUCAUUCCCCUUAAAGACAUAUGCUGACAAGAUCACUGCUGAAGAGUUUGGUGAAAAAAGUACUGAAAAUAAAGUAAAUGAUGUAACUGCUGAGGGGAUUGGUACUGAAAUUGAAACGAAAAGAACGGAGAAAAACAUUCCUCUAUUAACGAACUCUGCACAAAUGAGCAGUAGUCUGAACUCAGUGUUAUUGUUACCGCCAGUAGGUGACACAUGUCCAGGUACUGAAAGUAGUUUGAACUCAUCAUUCACCUUAAAGAUCACAAAUGAUGAGUUUGCUGAAAAAUGUCCAAGUGCUGAAAAGACAAUGAAAAGCACAAAUGAAGUCUCACAAGUAUUAACAACUUCAGCACAAAUAGUCAGUAGUCUGGACUCAUUUUUCACCUUAAAUACAGUUAAUGAUGAUAAAAUCACUGUUCAGAAACUUGGUAAAAAAUGCCAAAGUACUGAAAAUGAUCUGAAUACAUCAGGGGAUGCCACCAACACAAAACAGGAUAUAUAUAGUUUGGACUCAUCAUUCACCCUAAAGACUGCUGUGAUCCCUGUUGAAAAAUGUCCAGCUACUGAAAAUGCAGUGAAGAGAACAGAGGAUGCCACUCCUCUAUUGAGUAGUAGUUUGGAGUCCCCAUUCACCUUAAAGACAGCUAAUGAGGAGUUCACUGAUGACACAUUUGGUGAAAAAUGUCCAAGUACUGAAAAUUCAUUGAGGUCAACUGUAGACCAGACUACUUUAUCCACAGACUUAACACAAUUGACCACCAGUCUGAAUGAUGAAUCCUUCAUCCUAAUGACCGAUAAUAACGAGAUCUGUGCUGAGGACCUAAGUAAAAAAUGUCCAAGUACUGAAAAUGCAGUGAACAGAACAGAGGAAGACACUCCUCCAUUAAUGAGUAGUAGUUUGGAGUCCCCAUUAACCUUAAAGACAAUUAGUGAGGAGAUCACUGAUGACACAUUUGGUGAAAAAAGUCCAAGUACUGAAAAUUCAUUGAAGUCAACUGUAGACCGGACUUCUCUAUCCACAGACUUAACACAAUUGACCACCAGUCUGAAUGAUGAAUCCUUCACCCUAAUGACCGAUAAUAACGAGAUCUGUGCUGAGGACCUAAGUAAAAAAUGUCCAAGUACUGAAAAUGCAGUGAACAGAACAGAGGAAGCCACCAGUUUAUUAAUAAACACAACACAGGCGAUACAUAGAUUGGACUCAUCAUUCAUCCUAAAAACAGAUAGUACUGAAAUCCAUGUUGAAAACUGUCCAAAUACUGAAAAUGCAGUGAACAGAACAGAGGAAGCCACUCCUCGAUUAACACACAUGAUCAGUAGUUUAGACUCCUCAUUCACCUUAAAUGCAGAGGAGGUCACUGAUGAUAUGUUUGGUGAAAAAUGUCCAAGUGAAAAUGCAGUGAGGACAUCAGAUGAAGCUUCUUUAUCAACACGCUUAACACAAAUGACCAGCAGUUUGGAUUCAUCAUUCACCUUCAUGACAGAUAGUGAUGGGAUCCCUGCUGAGGACCUAAGUGAAAAAAGUUCAAGUACUGAAAAUGCAGUGAAUAGAACAGAGGAAGCCAGUCCUCUUUUAAUGACUUCGGCACAAAUGGUCAGUAGUUUGGACUCCUCGAUAGUGACCUUAAAGCCAGUUAGUGAGGAGAUCACUGAUGCGUUUGGCAAAAAAUGUCCAAAUACUGAAAAUGCAGUGAGGACAUCAGAUGAAGCUUCUUUAUCAACAGACUUGACACAAAUUAUCAGCAGUUUGGAUUCAUCAUUCACCUUCAUGGCAGAUAGUGAUGAAAUCCUUUCUGAGGAUUUUAGUCAAAAAUAUCCAAAUACUGAAAAUGGAGCGAACAGAACAGAGGAAGUCAGUCCUCUAUUAACACCUUCCACACGAAUAAUCAGUAGUUUGGACUCCUCGUUCAUCUUAAAGACAGUUCGUGAGGAGACCACUGAUGAUGCAUUUGGCGAAAAAUGUCCUAGUACUGAAAAUGUAUUGAACGGGCCAGAAAAAGACACUCCUAUAAGCAGCUCAAUACAAAUGGCCAGUUGUUUAGACUCAUCAUUCAGCUUAAAGAGAGUUCGCGAUGAGAUCACCGACAAAUUGUUGUAUGACAAAUGUUCAAGUACUGAAAGUGAAGUGAAAAGAACAAAGGAAACCAAUUGUCUAUCCGGAAAUACUGAAAAUGUAGUGAACAGGACUGAGGAAGCCACUCAUCUAUUACACGACUCAACCCAAAUGAUCAGUAGUUUGUACUCAAAUCCAGUUAGUGAGGCCAUCGCUGAUAAGGACCUGGGUGAAAAAUGCCCAUGUACUGAAAAUUUUGGGAAAAGAACAGAGGUCACCACUCAUGUAUUAACAGACACAACACAAAUCACUAAUCUUAACACUACAUUGCUUUUAAAGACAGUUAGUGAUAUUUCUUCAGCUAUUGGAUUUGAUUCAGAAAAACAGAAUGAGGUUGAGCAAAUUAUCCAUACCCAUGGUUUAGAGGAUCUUGAUAAUUCAGAUUGUUUGGAUACCAAAUACAGUGGAGAUAGAAAUCGUACAGAGUUGGGGAAUGUUCCAGAAAAAGAGAAUCAUCUUAAUGAAGGAAUUUCUUUUCAUAUUACCUUUAAUGCAUUAUGUCAAGCUCCUUUAACCAGAUUUAGGGAUGUGACUUUUAAUGAAGCAGCGGUAAAUCAGAGGAGAAGUUCUGUUCAGAGUGACUCUGGCAUUUCCUCUUCAUUGCAAAGCGAUAUUUAUUCUGAUGAAAAGAAAUCAGAGAACUUGGGGAAAUUACACAAAGAUCACAGUGCUUUCAAUGAGCCACAGCAAACAGCAAGUACAUCCCCCAGCGAGAGAGGUUCAGAGAGCUUAAGUACAAUUGAAGAUAUAAAAACACUAACAGAUAAUGAACCCUCUUUAUCCUCUUCCGCAUUGUUUCAUUUAUCAGACAUGGGAACUGCAGGGAAAACGAAUGUGAGUCCUGAAUCAAGUGAAAACAUGCAAGAUCAGGAAGACAAUGUAGUUUCUCAUUCAAUAGAUUUUGUUCAAACAAAUCUGAACGAGAAAGAUCUGAAUCAAUGUACUAAUAGCGUGAUUGUGGAAGGACCUGAGCAUGAGUGCAAGUCAGGUACAGUUAAUGACCAUGCAGCAUUUAAAGCAGUAGAGACCCAAUCCAGUCUUGCUGACAGUAAGACAAUCAGUGAUUAUGACUCAGUCAGUAUCAACACCUCAGAGUCUAUGGAUAUGUCACAGCUUUGCUCAAAGUUCCUGCCUGACAUAGCUCUCGGUGAUGAUUCAAGCAAUAAGCAACGCUUAGCCGAGCAAGGUGGAGUACCUGACGCAGCAAUCGACGCCAGCUUGCCUAACUCAGGCUUUGUCAUAUCCGAGAAAAACAGAUAUGAUACAGAAGCCUUACAGUACAAAACUGCCAUCACUCCAGCGCACAUUGUGGGAGAACAAUCUUCAAAAUCUGUUACACUGAAAUCGACUAUUCCACCAAAUUCAUCACACAAAGACUUGCUUAAUGUUCAUACACCUCAAGACUCCAGCAAUGUUGAACAUAAUGGAGAUAAGCUGUGUGCAAAUUCUUCAGAACUGGAAAAAACUGCAGUCAAAGGAUCUAUAAAUGAGAUCCAGAGCAAAGAAAGGCAAGCCCUUGACAACAGUGAGGACAUCUCACCCACUGCUGCAGCUCAACAUGAAUCAUUUGUCACUUGGGUCCUUGUUGAGAGCAAAGAUCUAAGUCUGCUCAAGGAUUUGAGUGAACAUGAGGGAAUUCUUCCAGUUUGUGUAAAUCAAGAGAAGUGUCCAUCUUAUGUGGCCGGUCAUGGUCAGGAACCCAGUAGUCCAGAGCUAAUGCAGUCGCAGCUUCAAGAGAUGAUUCAAGAGAUGUCUGCUGACAAAGAACCAGAAAUGCUGAAAGAAAUUUUAGGUCUGCUGGGAACCACUGCUCAGGGAGUUGAAGGCUCAUGUAUGGAAGGGAUUGAAAGUCAGCCCAAUGCUUCUGCCAGCAAUGAUUAUGCUGAUGAUGUCUUUCACUCAGCUUUGUCCAAUCAGCAGUGUUCUGAGGCAAAUGUUUCAACCAUUGAGGAAGCAGAGGAGGUCAAAGUUAGACCCAGAAAAUGUUCCACCCAGCAUUACUUGGAAUGUGUCGGUAAACUCCAGGAUCACUGUGACACACUUGAAGACAUCAGGAAUGACUUUUUGACCCAAGGUCCUUUGGCGACUCACAUUGAAGGUUUACAAGACCAACUAGAAGCAGCUCAGUCUUUGGAGGCACAGCUUGCAGCAUUUCCUGACAUUUUAACCUCAGAUUUGGAGGUAGCUGAGCAGCUUUUAAAAUCUGCUGAUGAACUCAUCCCGACACAAGUCCAACACGAUUUAGCUACAGUUUUUGUAGAUUCGCAAGCCGCUUUCACAGAUGUUUGCCAUUUAUCAUCUGAGAGACGUAACGCAGUUCUCCAGGCCAUCGAUGCAGCCAAGGCAAAUUUAGAAUGUACGUAUCAAGAUCUUCUCCACUCUCUUGAAAAGCUGUCGUGUUGUAUUCAAGAUAAUUGUGUGAUGGUAUGUAAACUUGACAUCAUGAACACAGAUGACUUGGAGACGGUUAAAUAUAGGAUACAACAAAAUAAGGACCUGGAGAAGAACCUUUCUGGCACUCGACAGAAUCUAGAAGAUACAGCUUUUGAUGUUCAGAACUUCAUAUCUGAACAUGCACAGUUCCUAAACCCAGCCCAGAGCAGACAGAUGCUGAAAUCACUCAGUGCCACACAGAGAGCUUUUAAGGAACUGAUGGACCGAGUGUUUACUCAGAGGCACACACUGGACUGCCAUUUGGAGAUCUGUGUGGAUGAGAUUCAGCAGCAGAAUGCUGUCGAGAGGCAGAAGGAGUUUGUAACCAAGCUGCAGGAGCUGUGUGAUGACCUAACACAGACUGAGAACCGUCUCAUCGGCCACCAGCAGCAAUCCAACGGUGCAAAGAGUGUCGGCGACCUCCAGCAGUACCAGCAAGAGAACCAGGCUUUGCAGAAAGACAUCCAGGCUAAUGUAAGCGCCUUGAACGAAGUGAUCAGUAGCACAAAGAAGUUCCUGGAGGAGAACCGGAGCAAACUGACACCUGAGCAGGUGACUGCUCUUGAGCACAAGGUGGAAGAGGUAACGAGCAAAGCCAAUAUGCUUAACCAGAGGGCAGAGGAAACAAGGAAAGAACUGGAGAACAUUUUGACGACCGUUAUCAAGCAGGAGACAGAAAAGGUUGCAGCUGUGGAACAACUUGAAGAGACCAAAAAUAAAAUCGAGGUUCUCUUAGACUGGGUAUCCAACAUCGGGAAAGAAAAAGAGAUGGAAGGAAUGGCCAAAGAGAAUGGAAACAUGCCAGUAGAAGGAACGAUAACAGGAAGGGAAGAUGACCCUAAUGGAAAUGCACUGGACACUACAGAUAACAUCCCAGAGUGGUCAGGUGAAGACACUGAAGAAUUGGAUAUAGAUGAGCAAUAUGAGAGGCUUAAGGCUCACCACCAAAAGAUCCUCUCCCAGCAGCAAGACCUAAUCAUUGCCACCCAGUCCGCCCAGGCUCUGCUGGAUAAGCAAGCAGACAUUCUCUCUCCAGCUGAAAAAGAGAAGCUCCAGAAGGAUAUCCAGGAGCUGAGGGGGCGCUAUGAGGCUUCGCUCACCCAGGCUGAGCAGCAGAUGAAGCAGAUGCAGAGUGUUCAGGAGGAGCUGCGCAAGUUCCAUGGUGACUACGAGGAGUUUGGAGUAUGGCUGCAGCAGGCACAGGAGCAGCUGGCAGACCUAGGAGCCCCCACUGGCCACUUGGAUGUUCUGCAGGAGAAGCUUCAGAAGCAGAAAAGCUUCUUUGAGGACGUGAUCUCCCACAAGGGAGACUUGCGUUUCAUCACCAUCUCGGGCCAGAAAGUGCUUGAUGUGGCCAAGGCCUGCAGCCGUAGCGAGUCUAAAGAGAAACAGGGAUUGCUCGAGGUGGACACUUCGGGAACGUGCGCUGCUGUGAAGGAGAAGCUGGAUUCCACCACUACUCAAUACAAAGUCACGCACACCCAAUGCAACCAGCUUGGAAACAAUCUCAAAGAUGUCGUUGACAAGUACAAGAAGUAUGAAGACGCUUCUAGCGGCCUGUUGACGUGGCUCGAUAGUUCUGAGGCAGAGGCGAGAAGGCAGCAGUCUGAACUUAUUGCAGCAGACCCCCAAACACUCCAGAGACAACUGGAAGAGACCAAGGCUCUUCAAGGGCAGACGGCUGGCCAUCAGGUGGCUCUGGAGACACUACGCAAAACAGCAGAUGCUCUCAUCACAGCAGAGGGAGACCUGCUAAACAACAAGGAUGAGAUUCGGGAAGCAGUUGACGACAUUGCGGAACGGUACGAUAACUUGUCCAAAUCAGUGAGCGACCGGAAUGAGAAGCUGCAGGUGACAUUAACACGCUCGCUCAGUGUGCAGGAUGGUCUGGAUGAGAUGAUGAACUGGAUGAAGAAGGUGGAGGAAAAUGUUGGGGAGGAAUCCCAAGUGCCCCUAGACUCAGUUGCUAUUGCAGAUGCACUGAGCAGGGAGGUGGCUCUGGAGCAAGACAUGUCUAGCAGACAGAGCAGUAUCUCCACUAUGAAGGCCAAAGUGAAGAAGUUUGUCGAGACUGCAGAGCCAGCAGCAGCAGCUGCUCUCCAGGCGAAGAUGGAAGGACUGACACAAUGCUUUGACAACGCCUGCGAGAAGCACAAGCGGAAGAUUUCACAGAUGGAGCGGCUGAAGGACAAGGUGGAACAGUUUGAGAAGACAUCCGAGAAGGUCCAGGAGUUUGUGCAGAAACAUUUGCACGCUCUCUCUGAGGCCGACGGACCUGGGAAAAACGUAAACGAGCUCUCCCAGCUGGUGCAGGAUAUAAAUGCAGAGCUGGCUGAACAUGCAAAGGACAUGGAAACACUGCACUCGUUGUCGAAGGAGAUUUCUAACUCUGGCCCAGAGGGAAGCGCAGCUCUAAUUCAGGGCAAGAUGGCAAACCUGUCGAACACAUUUAAUACCUUUAAGGACACUGUUAAAGAGAAAGAGGAGGAGGUGGUGUCUUGCCAGGACCAGCUGAGUGAGUUCAAAGCAGCUGCAGGGGUGCUGAUGAAGUGGCUGGAGGAGACAAAAGAGCAAGUGCCUGUGGUUCAGCCCAACUGCAGUGAACAGGGCCUGGGAAAUGACAUGAAGAAAGUUAACGGCUUACUAGAAGAAUGGACUGCUAAAGCUCCCACUAUCCAAGAUAUGAAUAGCAAAGGGUCUGCACUGUGUACCCUAAUCAGUGUUUUGACAUCACCAGCCAAAGCCAGAAUGCAUCAUAAAUCAGGUUCAGCAAUCAGUAAUGGCUCAGGUCCAGGAGGUCCAUAUCUGACGAACAAAGAGCUGAUGCUUGUGCAGCAAAACAUGUCCUGCAUCAAUGAGGAUUAUAGCAGUCUUGGGGAGUUGCUGAAGGCCAGGUCCUCAGAGCUUAGUGCGCUGUUGCUGAAGGUUCAAGGGGUCCAGCAUGAGGCUCGGUCAACGCUCCAGUGGUUGGAGAACAUGAAGAAGACAGCAGUAUCUUGGAACUCUGAGCCAGCAGGCAAAGAUUCAAUGAAAAUGCAAAUGGAACGGCAGAAAGCUUAUGAGGUAAAUAUGCACCAAAAACAGCAGCAGUACCAAGAACUGAGGGAGAAGCUACUCCACCUGAUAAACGAAAGCCCUGAUUCACCUGAAGCAGAAAAAUGGAAGAACAUGCUGAAACAGAUGGAUGCAGGAUGGGAGGAGGUCAGGGGCUCUGCGGAGAACAGGAAGCAGCAUCUGGAGGAGUCAUCUCGCAUGCUGGAGCUCUUCCAGACAAACCAACCACAGCUCUCACAGUGGCUUCAAGAGAAAGAUCUGAUGCUGAGUGUUCUGGGCCCUCUAUCUGUGGACCCCAAUAUGCUCAACACGCAAAAGCAGCAGGUCCAGAUUCUUCUGAAAGAGUUUGAAGGCCGCAAACCUCAGUAUGAGCAGCUGAAUGAAGCUGCCAUGGUUAUCAGUAAUGCAUCAGGAAAUCAGGACCCUACGGUGGAGAAGGUAAAGAAACAGUUGGAUGUUAUUACCCAGAAGUGGCAGGGUCUGACAAGCCAGCUGUCUGAGCGUGAUGCCCUCAUUGUGCAAGCUGUGGGUAAGACCACUCAGUUCCAGGAGCUUCUGCGGCACCUCGGUGAGAGUGUAGCAGCCAUGGAGUUACAGCUGAACGGCCAGCAGACCCUCAGCACACAACCUGACGCAGUCAAGAAGCAGCUAGAAGCCACUAAUGCUGUCCUGUCUAAGCUAUGUGAAGAGAAGAAGAGGCUAAAGGAGGCAGAAAGUCUCUGCUCCGAACUUUCAGCUCUAGUGACUGAGGAGUAUCUCAGAGCCAACCUCACAGCACAGCUGGAAAGCGUCUCCAAGCCCUUUAAGAUGCUUGAAGACAAAGCAGGAAAGCGGAUUCAACAGCUCACCUCCACCUUUGCCAGCUCCCAAGAAUUUCAUCGGACGUCUAAAGACUUCCAGAGCUGGCUAGAGCAAACGCUUAAGGAGCAGGCCGGGCCCCAGUCAAUCUCAACCAAGGAGGAGACUCUGUUACAAAGUCAGAGGGAGCACAGUGCUAUCCAGAGUGCACUGAGUCAACAAGAGGAACCAUACAAGAACAUUAUGCAGGAAGCAGAGGCUCUUCUACAGAACACGGAGGGAGAGGAAAAGUUGGCCCUCCAAGGACAGCUCUCAGCCCUCAGGUCCAACUGGGAGAAAGUAAAGCGGGGUGCCACGGAGAGAGCAGAAAAGCUUAAUAUAGCUGUGGAGAGGGCCAAAAAAUACAGAGAACAUGCAGAGAGCUUGGGCACUUGGCUGCAGGAGUGUGAAGACAGGAAAAACAGGGCAAAUUUCAGCGUGAAUCCUGUAGAAGUUGAGGACUCUCUCUCACAGGUAAAGGCCAUCCAGAGGGAUGUGGACAAACAUCGCGGUCAGAUGGAGCUGCUGAACGUAGCUGCUGAUAGCCUUUUAGAGGUGGCCACAGCAGAUGUAGCUGAUGUGAAGGAAGAGAAGAGUGUUAUUGGGAAGAAUGUGGAUAAGUUGAUGGAAGGGUUGCAGCUCAAGAAAGAAACUCUCGAGAAGCUCUCACAGAAGUUGAAAGAGUUCAGUGACACACACAAAGAUAUCUCAGACCAAAUUGAGGGUGCCAGAAAGCAACUAGAAUACCAAUCGGGUCUUGAUGUCCAAGGUUUUAGUAACAAGAACCUAACUAACAUGAAGGAUCAGCAGAAAAAUUUAGAGGGUGUCCAGAACCAGAUCGAGAACCUCAAAAGCCUAGCACAAAGUUUGGUCGUGGAUGUACCAGAAGUUGAAGGCAUGAUAGAUCUCCUCCUUCAGACAGACACUUUGGAGAAAGAGCACAGCUCCGUCAGUAAAGCAAUUGAAGACAAGUGCUUCACACUGGAGAACAAACUGCAGGGCAUCGGACAGUUCCAGGACAGCAUUCGGGACAUGUUCACCACCUUUGCAGACCUGGACGACGAAUUGGAUAGUAUGGGCCCAGUAGCCAGAGACCUGAAAACUCUACAAGAUCAACAAAGAACCUUCCAAAACUUUGUGACAAAACUCCAGGAUCUGAUGACCAGCACAGCCAGUGCCAGAGAUAACUGCAAGAAGAUGCUUGAAUCAGAGGCCUCACCAGAUCUACUGGGCCUUAAGAGAGACUUGGAGGCCCUGAGCAAGCAGAGUGGCAAACUGAUGGACCGGGCCACUGGGAGUAAAGAGCAGGUUGAGGAUACAAUGAAGCAUCUGGUGGAGUUUUACCACAAGCUGGACACUUUCACAAAGAAAAUGGCUGGUGCAGAAGAGCAGGAGGAAUCCCAAGGACCAGUUGGCAUGGAAACUGAGGUCAUUAACCAACAGCUGGAGGGUUUCAAGGUUUUCCAGAAAGAGACGAUUGAGUCACUGCAAACACAGUUGCAAGAGGUAAAUUGGUUAGGCCAGGGGCUUAUUCAGAAUGCUUCCAAAGGGACCAGCACCAAAGCCCUUGAACAUGACCUGGAGGACGCCAAUACGAGAUGGAACACCCUGAACAAAAAGGUAGCAGAACGUUCAGUGCAGCUUCAUGAAGCUUUGCUGCACUGUGGAAGGUUUCAGGAUGCUCUCGAAUCCCUGUUCAGCUGGCUGAAAGACACAGAAGAGCUGGUGGCCAGUCAAAAGCCUCCAUCAGCAGAAUUUAAAGUUGUCAAAGCACAAAUACAAGAACAGAGGCUCUUACAGAAGCUGCUAGAUGACCGCAGACCCACAGUGGAGCUUAUUAAGAAGGAAGGGGGGAAAGUUUUGGAGAUGGCCGACUCUGUGGAUAAAGAGAAGAUUGGAAAGGAGAUUGAUAGCCUCGGGAAUAGAUGGGAUGCUCUGCUCAAGAAAGCCGAGAGCAGACGCAAGCAGUUGGAGAGCAUUUUGGGGGUGGCCCAACAGUUCCAUGAGACCCUUGAGCCGCUAACAGAGUGGCUCACUGUUACAGAGAAAUGCCUGGCCGGUUCCGAGCCCAUCGGCACUCAGACCUCUAAGCUUGAAGAGCAGAUCUCCCAACAUAAGGCUUUAGAGGAGGAGAUUAUAGGGUGCAGUAAGAGCUUGUGCCAGGCAGUGAGUCUUGGCCAGGCUCUGCGGUCACUCAUCUGCGUGGAUGAUAAAGAACUCGUCCAGGCUAAACUGGACAGCAUUCAGGGCGGCUACAUCGAGUUGCAGGAACGCUGCCGAACAAAGGCCGAGCUCCUGCAGCGGGCCCUGGCUAAUGCGCGGCUGUUUGGAGAGGACGAAGUGGCACUCAUGAACUGGCUGGACGAAAUACACGGCAGACUGAGCCACAUCUCUGUCCAGGACUAUACACCAGCCGUACUGGCUAAACAGCAUGCGGACCAGCUGGCACUUCAUGAGGAUAUUGAAUUAAGGAGACAGCAUGUUGAACAGGCCCUUCAGAAUGGACUUGAGCUGCUCAAACAGACCACAGGCGAUGAAGUUGUCAUCGUUCAGGGAAAACUGGACGGAAUAAAGACAAGAUACGCUGACAUUAGCACAAUGAGCAAUGAUGUAAUGAAGACCCUGGACAAGGCCCUGUCGCUGGCUAACAAGGUACAACACACGCAUGAGGAGCUGUGCUUCUGGUUGGAGAAAGUGGAGUCUGAAUUGGCCACGUUUGGAGCACAGGAACCAGUGGGAGAGCAACUCACUCAGGUGCAAGAGAGGCAGAAAGCAUUAAUGAAGGAGGUUCAAGAGCACAAGUCAGUAGUAGAUAAGCUGAAUGAAGUUAGCAACGCUCUGCUAGAGCUGGUGCCAUGGCGUGCCCGAGAGGGGCUUGAUAAACUGAUCACAGAGGACAACGAGCGCUAUAGGUCAGCAAGUGAUGCCAUCUCUCAGCAUGUGGACCAGACAGGAGCCGCCAUCUUAAAAUCGCAGCAGUUUGAGCAGGCUGCAGACACUGAAUUAGCCUGGCUGACUGAAGCAGAGAAGAAGUUGUCAUCUCUAGGUGACAUCAAGCUGGAGGCAGAACACACCACUGCUCAGCUGCAGGCUCAAAAGGGCUUCUCCAUGGACAUUAUGAGGCAUAAAGAUGCCGUGGAUGAUAUCACUAAGACAGGCGAGGCGAUAAUGGAAAGCAAAGACGAGACUGAGAAACGAGCUCUAAAGUGUGACUGUGUUGUUCAGGCUAAGAUCCAGGCUCUCAUGGAGAAGUACAACACGGUGAGUCAGUUGAACUCAGAGCGCUGUCUGCAGCUGGAGAGAGCGCACUCCCUGGCCUGCCAGUUCUGGGAGACUUAUGAGGAGUUGUGGCCAUGGCUGCAGGAGACCCAGGCCAACUUCACCCACCUCCCGUCACCUGCCAUUGAAUAUGACACACUCAGACAGCAACAAGAGGAACUGCGGCAACUGAGGGAGUUGAUUGCAGAGCAUAAGCCGCACAUAGACAAGAUGAACAAAACGGGCCCUCAGCUGGUGGAGAUCAGUCCACUGGAGGGCGAGUCCAUCAGGGAGAAAUUCCAGGCCACAGACAAGUUGUAUGCACAGCUUAAAGCAGAUGUUAAGCAGAGAGCUGCUUCCCUGGAUGAGGCCAUCUCUCAGUCUACUCAGUUCCAUGAUAAGAUCGACCCAAUGCUGGAGUCUCUGAAUCGUAUAGCGGAGCGUUUGCGCCAGCCUCCCUCCAUCUCCGUGGAAGUGGAGAAGAUUCGUGAGCAGAUUUCUGAGAACAAAGCUGUGAACGUGGACUUGGAGAAACUGCAACCAUCUUAUGAAACGCUGAAGCAGCGAGGAGAGGACAUGAUCACUCGCUCAGAGGGCGCAGACAAAGACCUGUCAGCCAAAGCCGUACAAGACAAACUGGAUCAGAUGGUAUUUGUGUGGCAUGAUAUCCAUGCUCUGCUGGAUGAGAGGGAGGCUAAACUUCUGGAUGUGAUGGACCUGGCUGAGAAGUUCUGGUGUGAGCACUGUGCUCUCAUCAUCACCAUCAAAGACACACAGGACUUGAUGAAAGACCUGGAAGAACCUGGAGUCGACCCCUCCGUUGUUAAACAGCAACAGGAGUCUGUGGAGGGGUACCGAGAGGAGAUUGACGGUCUUCAGGAGGAACUGAACGUGGUCCAGAAUCUAGGAGCAGAGCUGAUGACAGCCUGUGGAGAACCAGACAAGCCUGUUAUCAAAAAGAGCAUCGAUGAGGUGAACGUGGCAUGGGAGACUCUGAAUAAGACCUGGAAGGAGCGAGUGGACCGACUGGAGGAGGCCAUGCAGUCUGCUGUACAGUUCCAGGAUGGUCUUCAGGGCAUGUUUGACUGGGUGGAUAUUUUGGAGAGUAAACUGGAUUCCAUGUCACCUGUGGGCACAGACCUGGAAACGGUGAAACAGCAGAUUGAGGAGCUCAAGGAGUUCAAAGGUGAGGGAUACCAGCUUCAGAUUGAGAUGGAGAGGCUGAAUCACCAGGCAGGACUGCUACUGAAAAAAGUACUGGAGGAAGCAGACCGCAUUGCCAUUCAGGAGCCGAUGAGCGAACUAAAAAUGCUUUGGGACAACCUGGACGAGAAGGCCAUCAACAGACAGCACAAGCUGGAGGGAGCCUUGUUGGCAUUAGGGCAGUUCCAGCAUGCUCUGGAUGAGCUUUUGGCCUGGCUGACUCAUACUGAAGAGCUGCUUAGUGGACAGAAGAAAACCAGUGGCGAUCCCAAAGCUAUAGAGAUAGAACUUGCCAAACACCAUGUGCUGCAUAAUGAUGUACUGGCCCAUAAGACCACAGUGGAAGCAGUGAACAAAGCUGGCAGAGAUUUGAUGGAGUCCAGUGCAGGAGAGGAGGCGUGUGGCCUGCAGAGCAAGCUGGAAAACCUUAACCAACGUUGGACAAGCAUCCUGGAGAAGACUGAGCAGAGGAGGCAGCUUCUGGACAUCGCCUUACUCCAGGCCCAAGGUUUCCAUGGGGAGAUUGAAGAUAUGCAACAAUGGCUGAAAGACACAGAAUGUCAGCUGUUAACAUCAAAAGCAGUUGGAGGCCUACCAGACACGGCCCGCGAGCAGCUUAAAACCCAUCUGGAGUUAUGUAGUGCAAUAGAGGUGAAGGAAGACCUCUACCAGAAGCUUCUUCACAGAGGUCAGCAGCUGAUAGCCAUGACCCAGGAGAACCAGGACAGCAGUACUGAGCAGGACCUCCACAACCUUCAAGAAAAGUGGGAAAGUGUGCAGGCCAAAGUGGCUGAGAAGAAGGUGAAACUGGAAGAGGCAUUAGCGAUGGCCACAGAUUUUCAUAAUUCUCUGCAGGACUUCAUUAAUUGGCUGACUCAAGCAGAGCAGACCCUCAACAUGGUCUCUCCAGCCUCCCUCAUCCUGGAAACUAUCUUGUUCCAGAUUGAUGAACAUAAGAUCUUUGCAACUGAGGUCAACUCACACCGAGAUCAAAUCAUUGAGCUGGAUAAGACAGGCACCCAUCUGAAAUACUUCAGCCAGAAGCAGGAUGUGGUCCUGAUUAAAAACCUGCUCCUAAGCGUACAAAGCCGCUGGGACAAAGUAGUGCAGCGUUUGGUGGAGCGAGGACGCCUGCUGGACGAUGCGAGGAAACGUGCAAAGCAGUUCCAUGAGAGCUGGACCAAGCUGAUGGAGUGGCUGGAGGAGUCAGAGAGAGCUCUGGACUCUGAGCUGGAGAUCGCUAAUGACCCUGACAAGAUCAAAAUGCAGCUGGCUCAGCACAAGGAGUUCCAGAAGGCCCUGGGUGCCAAGCAUUCCGUGUACGACACCACCAGCCGCACAGGCCGAGCCUUGAAGGAUAAGACCUCACUCCAGGAUGACAAGCAGAAACUGGACGACAUGCUGUGUGAGCUCAGAGACAAAUGGGACACGAUUUGUGGCAAGUCUGUAGAAAGGCAGAACAAGUUGGAGGAGGCUCUGCUGUUUUCAGGCCAGUUCACUGACGCUCUGCAGGCUCUGAUUGACUGGCUUUAUAAAAUAGAGCCGCAGCUGGCAGAGGACCAGCCUGUGCAUGGAGACAUUGAUUUGGUGCUGAACCUCAUUGAUAGCCACAAGGUGUUUCAAAAGGAGCUUGGAAAGAAGACAGGCUCUGUACAGGCUCUGAAACGUUCGGCCCGUGAGCUGAUUGAGAACAGCCAUGACGACUCUUCCUGGGUCAAAGUUCAGAUGCAGGAGCUGAGCUUGCGCUGGGACACAGUGUGCACCCUGUCUGUUCUAAAACAGACACGGCUUGAACAAGCUCUGUGUCAGGCAGAAGAGUUUCACUCGACUGUUCAUAUCCUGCUAGAGUGGCUAGCUGAAGCAGAACAGAGCCUCCGUUUCCAUGGGUCUCUGCCUGAAGAUGAAGAAGCCCUGCGUGGCCUGAUCGAACAGCACAAAGAAUUCAUGAAGAAGCUGGAAGAAAAGAGUGUGGCUCUGGGCAAAGCCACCAGCAUGGGCGAAGCGAUCUUAGUUAUCUGCCAUCCAGACUCCAUCACCACUGUGAAACACUGGAACACCAUAAUUAAAACCCGCUUCGAGGAGGUCACAGCGUGGGCACGGCAGCAUCAGCAGAGGUUAUCUAGUGCUCUGAGUGAGCUUAUGGCGACUGAAGAGCUCCUGGAGAAUCUGCUGAGCUGGUUACAAUGGGCAGAGACCACACUUACUGAGAAAGACAAAGAUGCCCUGCCUCAGGAGAUUGAGGAGAUCAAAGCACUCAUCACUGAGCAUCAGACCUUCAUGGAGGAGAUGACCAGAAAACAGCCAGAUGUGGACAAAGUCACUAAAACUCAUAAAAGAAAAGCCACAGCUGAUCCACCAGUUCAGUCUCAGAUUCCAGUACUGGAAAAAGGAAGAACAGGCCGAAAGAGAUCCCAGGCCCAGUCCAUGUAUCCAGCGACUGUCCAGGCUCCGAUAGAGACUAAGAACCCCAGAGUGAACCUGUUGGUCAGUAAAUGGCAGCAGGUCUGGCUUUUGGCCCUGGACAGGAGAAGAAAACUGAACGACGCACUGGACCGACUAGAGGAGCUGAAAGAGUUUGCCAACUUUGACUUUGAUGUCUGGAGGAAGCGCUAUAUGCGAUGGAUGAACCACAAGAAAUCCCGAGUCAUGGACUUCUUUCGUCGCAUGGAUAAGGAUCAGGAUGGCAAAGUCACCAGGCAGGAGUUUAUUGACGGGAUUCUUUCUUCAAAGUUUCCCACCAGUCGACUGGAGAUGAGUGCUGUAGCAGACAUUUUUGAUCGUGAUUGUGAUGGCUACAUUGACUACUAUGAGUUUGUUGCUGCUCUGCACCCAAACAAAGAUGCCUACAAACCACUUACUGAUGCUGAUAAGAUAGAAGACGAGGUAACGCGCCAAGUGGCAAAGUGCAAGUGUCCAAAACGGUUCCAAGUGGAGCAAAUUGGUGCGAACAAAUACCGGUUCUACCUCGGAAACCAGUUUGGAGACUCGCAGCAGCUCAGGCUGGUGCGGAUCCUGCGCAGCACUGUUAUGGUGCGAGUGGGAGGAGGCUGGAUGGCCCUUGAUGAGUUCCUAGUCAAGAACGACCCGUGUAGAGCUAAAGGUAGGACCAACGUGGAGUUAAGAGAGAAGUUCAUUCUUCCGGAAGGGACCACUCAAGUGAUGGCCAGCUUUCGCUACAGAGGUCGAAGGUCACGGCCAUCCUCAAGAGGUGCCUCCCCGAACAGGUCGAACUCCAGCCACAGUUGUGCUGCACAGCCCAACCCUGCUGCGACUGGUACACCGAAGACUCUCCAACAUUUAACCCGAAAUUAUGAUAAACCCUGGCUGACAAACAGCAAAUCAGCUACUCCCUUAAAGUCGUCCGACUCUUUUGAGAGCCAGGGGUCAUCCAAUGAGAGUACACCCAUCCAAGGCACUAAGCUCCGUUUGCCUGGUUAUUUAUCAGGAAAAGGUUUCCAAUCAGGAGAGGAGGGAAGCCUGAUAAACACUGCUAUUCUGAAAGCUAGAAGUCAGACUGCUGGUUACAGUAAGAUUCCCAGCAGGCCCGGCAGUAAGGCAGGGAGCCGUGGAAGCAGCCGGCGUGGGAGCGAUGCCUCUGACUUUGACAUCUCCGAUAUCCAGUCUGUCUGCUCUGACGUGUCGGAGAUGGUGAUGGACUCUGCAAGGCCACGCUCAUCUCCACGGCAGCCUGGAGUUAAACCCUCCAAAAUCCCUACACCACAGAGGAGGAGCACAGCCAGCAGCAAACUGGCCAAGACCACGACCAAGAGAUAGUCAGCAGCUGGCUUCUAUCUUUACAGCACUGUGCUGGAACACACUGGACAAAAACUGGACUCCUGAAGACACUAAAAACUGCAAAAUGUCCUUAUUUAAAAUGAACAAGUAGCAAGUUGUAAAUUAUAAAAGAAAAAAAAAAGUGUAGCAAGUUGUAAAUUAUUCCAAGGAGAAACGAGGUGAAGUAAGUGGGAUUGAUGCUGUGUGAGUGGAACAUGACAGUUUUGUGUAUUUGUUGUGUAUUUUUAAUUUCUGUGAAUAAUGUCGCAUCAGAUUUUAUUUUAUUUUAUUGUAUUGCUGCUACAACCUGAGAGGUUAGCAAGCACUGGCAGGAGAAAAGGACUGUACAUGGUGAAGCUAAAUAACAAUUUUCCAUAUUCUUGGAUUGAGCUCACUUUGAAAGCGGAUCAUACUGUAAAUCUCCACAAGCUUGCGAAUAAUAUUAUGCCACUGCGAUUCACCAGGGCACCCUGACUAUUUAUUCAUCUAUUUAAAGUGCAAUGAUGUGUUGCUGAGAAUGCAUUUUAAAGGGCAAUACAAUACUAACUAACUGUAAUCACUGCAAGUGCUCCUCCUAAAACACUACAUGGCCUUCAGUACAAAACAACAAAAAACAGUCCAUCAUAUCCACCUGCUAAAUAAUGUUUUAAGUUCCUAAUAGUAUCAUUGUGUGCCAUUUAACUUUGACAAGAACCUUCCACGGUUCUAACUAGCAGAUAUUCAUAAGUGCAUUCAUGUCUGUGUACUGUAUGAGUCAGUGUCAGUGGAUUACUCAACAUUUUUGUAAUAAACCUGCUUGCAGAAAGCUUUGGCAGUA